CCACAGGUUGAGAAUCAUCAUGCCUCUGAAAUAAGACGGAUGGCCUCAUUGACCAAUAGGAUGUUUGCACGUCUGAACUGACAAAUGGAGAGGAAGCUUGGGUCCCAAAAGCCCACCCACCCGAUGUCAUUCAACACUACAAUUCAGGAACUGCCUUUAAUCACAUUUGUUUGUGUUAAUUAAGGAUAUCAACAUUAAUACUCGUAUUAGCUGUACUGAUGCAGUCGGCGUCGCCAAGUGCCAUCGACAGUGUCGCCUUUUCCGUCUGUUGGAUGAUAAAAGAAAAUACUUCACCUGACAGACAGGAAAUCAAGCUUUUCCUGAACGAUUCCCAGCUGGAGGCCAUAGAAACUGGGGGCAAACUGGCGUCCCUGGCAGUGUCUCCGUCCGACACGCACACGCUGGGACUGAAAAAAGGAGGCGGCUCUCGGCUCUGGAGGUUUUCAGUAAAUUUAGGUUUCAAUACAGUCAUAGUCAGGAGUGAGUAUAAAGCUCAUGACAAGCCAACUGCAGAGACUUUAGAAGCUCUCAAACAUUUCAAGCCAACGCAAGUGUUUGCCUGUGAAAACAACACAUUGUAUCUAUACCAAGAAGAUGUGAUCAUCGUACUUGGCUCCUCCCAUCGUUUUCCAUUGAAGGUGGAGUCCCGCAGCAGCGCCACCUUGCUGCUGUCCUGGGUGGUGGAUUCUCCCCUCCCCCCUGACCCUGUGCAUGGCGUGUCACUGUAUCGGUCCCCUCCGGACGCUCAGGCUAUCACAGUCACGGACACCACCCGUGCUGGCAGAUAUAAAUUUACGUCUCUGGAUGCCUGCAGUAACUAUCUGGGCUGCUUGGAGCUGGCGGGCAGCCCCUCUGUUAUUUGUCUCAAGGCGCUUACAGAUCCAGAUGUCCCAAGAAACGUCAGUGCGAGGGCGUGGAACAGCAGCAGUAUUACUUUAGCUUGGGCCUGCACUGAGAAGCAGCUCUACUCCUCUUUCCUGGUCACCAUGCUCCAGCUCAAUGCCUCCAGCCACGUGGUGGAGACGGCGUCCCUCAAGCACGAGCAGAAGCCCUUCAUCUUCACGGUCAAUGACUUGCCCCCUUGCAGCAAGGUGAAGUUUACUUUGCAGACUGUGUGUGACGGCAGUGGCGAGUCCCGAAUGAGCAGUUCGGUCAUUAUCGACGGCAACUCCGCACACUCUGAAAUCGGGAAUCUGCGCCAGGUGGCCUCAAACCCAAGAAGCUACACCCUAAGCUGGACGGUGCCAAAUACCUCCUCCAUUGCUGUAUUCAGGGUCUACCACCAGGGUGUGCUUCAGAAGUCCACCUUCCAGCCGACACACAGGGUGGUGGGCUUGCAGCCCUGUGGCCGGUAUGAAGCCCGAGUGGACGCUGUGUGUGGGCACAGCAUCGUCAUGAGCACUAGGACCAUCCAGACCAGUACAGGCCCUGGGAGCAUCUUCGACCUUCAGUUUCACCAGCAGAAUUCCAGUGCUUCCUGGAGCUCAGCCUCGGGCCCCACAAAGGCUUUUGCCUACAGCCUUUCCCAUCCGAAUACCUCGCUUGUGAGUAGUGGGAGGGCACGGCAAACUCAUGUGCUACUCCCUGGCUUGGUCCCUGGUAGUCUGUACCAGAUGGAGGUCUGGGAGGAGUGUGGUGGGGAGCGGGGCAGACCGGCAACGCUGCGAUUCGUCAGGCAGCUGGUUCCCAAUGAUGACAUCCUCUACCCUGUACCAGAGGGGAGGCACUUGGGGUCGCACUUUGAUCCUGCCUUGCAUGCUGCUGUUAUUGUACCUUGGAUGUUGCCGGAGUCCCUCAGAGAACCAAAGGCAAAAGCCCGAGUCGAGCUGGAGAGCAUCAUCAGAGCCAAAUUACAGGACCUCUUCAGUGGGUUGCCAUAUCCAGUAGAGGUGAAACUGCUUGAAUUUGAGGACCUUAACAGUACAGGACAAACUAAGAUCCCCUUCCAAGUUUUGGACAUUUCCAGUGAAGAUUUCAAAGUAAAGCUGUCCUCUGAGGAGCUGUUGACUUACAUUCGAUCGCUCAGCCUAGCACAAAUCACCAUCAAAGACUAUCUGAUCUACUGGGAUGAUCCUGAUGAGUGUGCCUCCUACGAACUGAACCGGUGUGAUUCCAGUUCCACCUGCAUCAAUACCCUGCUGUCCUACACCUGCGUGUGUCAGGAGGGUUACUACGACGUCGGCCGCUUCCUGAUUCCUCCUGUGCCCUCAGCCUGUUACAAGAAUGGGAUGUUUGUUGAGUGCAAGGAAAGCCUCGUUGCUGGUGGACUGGCAAAGGAAUUCCUGACCAGCUACUUGGGGGGCAACGUUAGCGUCAUCCUGAAUGACGGACGCUGUGCUGUGAACGAGACCGACAUGUUCUACUUUUUCAAGAUAGUCGGUAAACCUUCAGAGUGUGGGGCUGAAAGGCAGAUGAACAAGACACACAUAGAGUUCAGUAGUUCUCUGACAGUGACACCCAGCCAUGAGCGGACAAUUACACGGAAUGACCUCCGGUUGCUGUGGAAGUGUACCUACUCUCGGCACUUUCUACAUGGGGCCCAGGUCAAUACGGAUGCUGAAUGGUUUAGUUCCCAUUCUGUCGUCAGUUACAACUUCUCACACAUUCUGGAUAUUGGCAUGAUGUUGUACAAUGACACCUCCUUCAUGUACAAUUACAUGGAUGGUGUGGUACUGAGCCCAGAAGACUACCUGUUCCUCGAGGUGACCCUCCAAGCACAGGACACCUUGGCUCAUGACAUGCUUCUGGCGGUGAUGUCAUGCUGGGCUACAGGCACUUUGGAUGCAGUCGACGAAAGGAAAGCCUUUUUCCUUAAAGAUGGCUGCCCUGCAGAUGGUACAUUCUCCUGGUUCUCACUGAAUGGCUCUGGGAAAAGCAGCAGGUUCUCUGUUCAAAUGUUCACCAUGUCUGUCAAUGGAGAACUUCCCAUCUUCAUCCACUGCUUGACUAAAAUUUGCACCCCGGAUGAAGACUGUGUGAUGGAAUGUCCUCCAACCAAGAACUAUCCUAAGGUGAAAAGACAUCAGAGAAAGAUUGGUGAGGAGCGCUUCACAGUUGUCUCUGCUGGCCCAGUCUUCAUGGAUCGUGGCGAGUGGAUGUCAAAAGACAAAUCUGCAUGGAAUGGGAUGUUCAUUGUUAUUGCUGUACUUGGAACAUUUGGCUUCUUUAUUUUGACUGUGCUUGGGGCCAGUAUCUUGAAGACAGUCAUGCAUAUGUAUGCCAGCAGUAAAUAGACAUUCAAACCACAAA